AUGUGUUUCAACUUGCAAUGCAACAAUGUUGCGAGACAAGUCGAAGAAAAGUUUUGCCCGUAUUGCCGGACCUUAAGUGACACCAGAAUCCUUGAUUUAUACCCCAAAGCGAGAAAACGAACAUCCUGGACCUUUUAAUAUGGGAUUCCCCCCGGGGAUGGGAUUGCGACAGUCGAUCGCGAGAUACCUCAGCAAAUCGUCGUCACCACGAUCGCUACAAUCGCUGGAGAGUCACUCAACGAUCACUCUGAAUUGGAACCCUCUUUGCAGCGAUUGUGGCGAUCGCAGCGAUUAUAUAGAAAUCAACCUUAACUGAGCCCUGCGCCGUGCAUUCAGGAAAAAAUACAGCUUCACCAGUUUUCCGUUCUUGCCCUUAUCACGUGUACACUGAAAAAAAAAAAAUACUUGUGAUUGACUGAAAGCAUGCAAAGUUAUGGCUAAUUUUUAAUUUGCACUGCUGUGCAAAUAGACAAUACAGACUCGUUCAUUUAGGCUUGUUUUGUAAUUAUUCAGGCAAAUGAUAAGUAAUAAUCGUAGCUCGCAGCUCGUAGUCUGUCUCACAUUUAUACGAUUCAUAUGAAGUUUUUAUUUCAUACUUGCUAUUAUGUGAAUGACGUCAUGUAACGAGUUCAUGUUCAUGCUCCGUUUUCAAAUUUUUUUUUCUGUCCAAAGCUGACGUUUUUAAAUUCCUCCGAUGAAAUGAAAUUUCUCUAAGUAAAACACCGCUCUCAUCAGACUUCUGUGCGGCUGGCACUUUUCAUCAAUAACUAUAACGCUAGUAAAUAGCAUUAAAAUUAAUUCACACGCUGCCGCAUUAACAUUGUGUUAAGGUUUUAAAUAUUUUUACAUUUCGAACCACUCAUUUCCCGAGAUAAACAAACACAGUUCUAUAGUUGGUCAGCAGCAUGUUAUUGCCCUGCAAGCUGUUUAUGUACAGAACAAACAAGGGGUCUCACAAACUUCUCAAUAUUGAACGAGAAAAGAUUUGGUUUAAACUCUUGAAAGUUAAUACCGUAAAACGAAAUUGCCAUUUCCUUGCUGUACUGAUGUUCAGAUGCUUGCCAUGCGUGCACGCAUAAAUUAUUUCUUCCGGUGUACGAGUGACGUGCGAUUCCUUACCAGCGAAGCAAUUUGUUCGCGAAAUUAAUCGUGGGCAAUUGGUGUUCAUAAAUGGAUGAACAACAUCCAAAACUAUCGCGAUCUAGACUAAAUUUAGAUGAUAAACAGAAGCAGACUGUACGAGCUCUGAGAAGACAACUUUCGACUCAUUCUACAAGCGGUUCGACAACAGAAGGUGACCGAGUGGCAGAGUUAACCGAGGAAGAGGUUCUUCUACUUCGUAAAGUUGUACAAACUCUAACAACUGUUUCAGCGGAUUCCGACUCGAUUAGAGAUAACGUCGACGGAAGAAGAGUAGAUCGAAACUGGUCAGUGGAAAGCUUUCUCUCUUCAAGCCGUGGAAGCACAACUUACGUCAAUCCAGCACGGUUUUAUGUUCGCGUCAAGAAGGAAGAAGUAAAAGCUGUGGAACAAGUCUGUCUCGAAUUAGACGACGAGGAAUUAAACACGAAACCUGCCACGAACGGUUAUGGACAUCUAAACAGCAAAAAUUCAUCCUUACGCAAUUACAAGCAUUAUUAUGGCUACAGUGUCGCUGUGACUCAGCAAACCCUCCCAAGCGAGCGACCGAUUGUAGUUACUACCAAUGAAACCGUGACAGAAGCGUUACCGGAAGACGAAAUCAAAUUCUUAAGCAAAGGACGCACAAAAUAUACCAGCCAUACGAGUAAGCUCAGACAUUUGCCACCACGAGAGCGCUUUAAACAAGCUGUUUAUUUAGUAAUGGGUAAUUUAAAAAUGAGGCCACGUAAAAUGGACAAGGAUUUCUCCGAACUGUGGAGAAAGCGAGGUAACGCAACAUGGCUCGGCGUAUUUUUCUCUGUUGUGGCGAUCGGAGCUUUUCUCGCCGACAUUGGCACUGACCUGAAGGUUGCAGCGGACCAUUACACUGCAGGCAGCAACUGGUGGGCGAGUUUCACAGUCAUGUUUGUAUUGCUGCCGUCAGUGGUCACAAAUCUUUUCUCUUUCUUCUGGUACAAAGAAGAUGAUGAGCAGGUCGGAAGACGGCCGAAGAGUGGCUGGAGAACUGUUGCAAUAACGCAUUUUUUUCUAGUGGGGCUUGUAGAGAGGAACUGGAGAAUUCUCGUCAAAUCGUACAGAAUAAAACGGAAGAAAGACGACCGCGUUGUUGAUCACAAGUUAUUGGUAGCCAUGAAUCUUGAUGCAGCAUUACUGCAGAUGAUCUUAGCCUUCACUGAAGAUGCACCCCAGCUUGUUUUACAACUUUAUGUCCUUGUGUCACGCCGUUACGUUGAUACAUUACAGGCAACAAACAUCCAAGACUUAUGGACCAUGCUGUCAAUCUGCUUUUCGUUUAUUUCCUAUUCCAGAGCGGUUGUCAACUAUAUAAGCUGCCUUCGUGACUCGAAACGUCAUAAAGGCCAGUUGCGCUGGUAUGGUUACCUCUCAAUGUGGUUAUGGCGUGCUUUCAUGAUUAUUUCUCGAAUUCUUGCUCUCGUUUUCUUCGCAACAGAAUUCAAACUCUGGUUCUUCCUAGCUCUAUUGAUUCAUUUUUUCAUAGUCCUCGCGUUUCUCAGCCGUCAUGAGGUUUAUUUCUUUCCAGGGCACAAAUGGCAGCAGCAUUUUGUACGUGCUUUAAUGUCUUAUAUUCAUCUGUUUUGUUUCUUUUGCUUAGAAGGUGUGCGAACGAUAAGCUGGGCAGUGAAAUACUACAUAUUGACUUUCAUAGAAAUUUUGAUUUUUUCGCUUCUCUGGUUCACGAACGAAACGAGACUUUUACCGCUUAGAGUAGAGAUGGCAGGAUUUAUUGUCAUUUAUUUGUUCUUCUCCUUUGGCCUAAUCAUGAUGAGUAUUUACUACAGGUUUUUACAUCCUCGAUUUAAGGAAGCUCGCUUCUCUUUGUCUGCUCCUUUAAAGUCUGAGCUUGCGGAUAGAGAUCCUAACGAAAGGGCAGACGAAAAUCAAGAGCAAAUCUUUGAACUCUGGAUUUAAAUAUAGCAACAAAUCAAGGCUGCGCUCACUGAGUAUUCGCAGCCAAAAAACAACUUUAAAGGAGUUCUGCUGCGAUAGUUUAUGCAGUGUCGUUGUUCGGACGUUCAGAAUCGCUUCCAAAUUGUAGCGAAUCUAAAAUAAUAAUGGAUACCUGCAGAUGAGAAAUAUUAAAACAGAUUAUGGAUGACAAACUUGAAAAAUUUGGCUUAUGUUAUCAAGAUGUCCCAUAGGUGAAAAUAGAUGAUUGUCUAGCUCUCUGUACGCAUUGCUGACCUAGUUAUUACAACAGUUUGUAAAUUAAGUGACUGAAUAACAAUUGGUGGUCUGAUAAACAAACCACGGCGAGAAAGUACACGCAAUCUGGGUCACGGAGGCUGAGUUGAAAUAAUAAACAUCUCUACUUACUGUC